UACUUCGAUCUGAAUUCAGUACCUCUAUAAUUAGUUAGAUAUUUGAAAUAAAAUAAUAAGUAUAUAAAUAAAAACUUGUCUUGCAUACUAAUAUAGAUGGAGGGUGGUGAAGAUAUCCAAAAGAAAUUGUACUUCCUUGUGGAGCAACUACAAAACAUGGCAAGAGAUUUACCACCUAAAUACCAAAUGAGGAUUCCUUAUGAGCUGUUAUGCAGUUUAGCAAAUUAUUUAUUAAAUGAUACCAUUUUUGAGAUUGCAAAAGGUCUCAUGGAAAUCCAGCAUGUAACAGAGCAACAUUUGUUGCAACAAAGAUUGCAAUUCAUAAACAAGCAAAAAAUUGAUGAACAGGAGAUUCUCAGCAGAAAGGAUAUUGGGGCAGAACAGAAGGUAGCACUUUUGAAUGAAUUAAAGGAUACACAAAAGAAUGAUUUGAAACAGUUUGACAUGUCUCUAGUUCUUCAGUUAGAUGAAAAGGUGGCUGAUCAACAAAAUACACUUGAAACUGCUGGAGUUCCAGGAUUUUAUAUAACAACAAACAGUUUAGAAAUAAAAGUACAAAUGCAUCUUCUAGAUUUUAUAUUGAGAAUAAGUAAAAUGUCAGUGCCAAAUUAAUAAAAACAUUUUAAGAUUUAUAAAAAAAAAAUUAUAAUAAUGUUACAUCAAAUAAAUCACCUUCCUCUAGUCCCAAUGAGUCAAUUGUAUCAGC